CCACAGGUACCUGAAAAGUUGCUGCUCUCAUCAAGCUGCCUGAUGGUUUCCAUCACUGCUACGGUGAGGCCGGUGUUUUUGGUCUCUUUACCAGCUGUCCAGAACAUCUUCAACCGGAUUACUACAGAGAAUCAGGCCCAGAGACUUCCCCAAGAGGCUCACAUUCUGGUGUGCAGAGCUCUGUCCAACAUGCUGCUGCUUCCAUGGCCAAAUCUCCCAGAGAGCGAGCAGCAAUGGCACACACGCUCCAACAGUCAUGCCAGCUUAGUGGCCGCUCUUACACGAGAAUAUCGUAUUUUAAGAGGAACUGUAAACAUUAGUCCAAGACAACCGGGUCUGGAUAAUGUGAAAGCAGUGAUUCAGCAGACUCUGCCUGUGCUCAGGGAUAUAGUAGACAGCAUCUCAGGGGAGUCCACCAAAUCCCGUCAGAUCUGUUACCAGAGUCUGCAGGAGUCGGUCCAAGUGACUCUCAACCUGUUCCCAGUUUUUAUUCAGCAGCCAGAUGUGACAGAUGAGGUCCUGGCCUUCUUCCUGACACUCUUUCAAGCAUUGCGAGUCCAAAUGGGCGUUGCCUUCACAGGGCAGAUCAUCCACACUUUCCUCAGCAUGUUCACAAGGGAGCAACUGGCUGCCAGUAUUUUACAAGAAGGUAGCGCCGGAUGUAGGGUUGUGCAGAAGUUCCUGAAAAUUCUGCAGGUGGUGGUGCAAGAACCGGGUCAGGCUUUCAAGCCCUUCCUGCCCAGCAUCCUCUCUUUGUGCAUGGAGCAGGUCUACCCAGUUGUGGCAGAGCGGUCCUCACCAGAUGUCAAAGCAGAAAUGUUUGAGUUGCUUUACCAAAUACUUCACCAAAACUGGAGGUACUUCUUCAAAACCUCAGUCUUAACAAGCGUCCAAAGAGGAGGUGUUGACGACGCCAUGGAGAACGAGGCCCAGUUCACAGCAGCCAUGCAGGCGUUUGGCCAGUCCUUCCUGCAGACAGAUAUCCACAUCUUUAAGCAGAAUCUCUCCUAUCUGGAGUCUCUGAACAGCAAGCACAAGUUAUAUCACAGAAAGCUUUUCCGGACCUCGAUGCUCUUCCACUUCAUCAACGUACUCCUGCAGGUCCUCCUCCACAAAAGUCAUGACCUCCUGCAGGAGGAAAUAACCCUUGCCAUUUACAACAUGGCUUCCGUUGACUUCGAUGCCUUCUACUCGGCUUUCAUGCCAGAGUUUCUGAACGGCUGCCAAGGAGUGGACUCCAAUCAACGGGCCGUUCUCGCACGCAACUUCAAGCUUGAACAGGACCUGCCGUCAUUCACUCAAAGUGUGCAGAGACUGGUGAAUGACCUCCGCUACUAUAGACUGUGUAAUAGUAGUUUGCCCACUGGCACCAUCAAGCUAUAGCACAACUGCUUGAACCACUCCACAUGUCGGCUGUGAUCUUCUAAGACUGCCUAUGCUGAACACUCUGCCCGUCACUCCUCCACUUCAGCUUGGCUCCACUCAAAGCAACUGCAAGGAGCAAAACACACAUUUCUUGGUUGAGUAAUGGGAGAGUGAGCAUGCUGCUGAUAACGGUCUUUAAUGAAUGAAUGAAUGAAUCCUACUGUAAAAGGUUGGCACGUUGGUAUGUUUCUUGGUGUCCUCCUUAGUGUCUUGCCAAUUUGGUGAGGAAAUGUAAACCUGGUCUGCAGUCUGCAUCUGUCCAGACCCGGAGCUGUCUGAGCCAGGCCUUCUCUCCCAUUCUGCCUCAACAAAGCUGGGCUGGGACUGAGCACUUUCAACUCAUUUUGAGUUUUUUAUUGUCUGCUAAUAUUCGUUUUGCCUUUUUCAUCUCCAAAGGAGACAGAAUCUCAACUUAAGAUCUUUCAUAUCAUUCCAUUCUGAAAACGUGAAAACUGCUUGAUUAAUAAAUUGCUUUUUUUU